CUUAUGCAGCAAUGAUUGUCCAAAAAACAUAGCUAAUUCUUAGUCAUAUGUUGUUGUGAAUUGUGAUGUCAAUCAUCUUCUUCUUCAUUCAUCAUCCUCUGUUUGUGAGUCUGUGCAAUUUCCAGUGAGACAUGUCGUGCCUGUCCCCUGCUUCCUCGAAGAAGCGUCUCAAAUCCCAAGAGGAAGACGAUGAUGACGAAGACGAUGAUAGCUGCGGGAUUUGCUUCGCCGAACGUGGGGCUUUUGUCGCCGGCGAAAUUGAUUGCUGCAGCCACUACUUCUGCUUCGUCUGCAUCAUGGAGUGGGCCAAGCACGAGUCUCGAUGCCCACUUUGUCGCCAGAGAUUCUCCAACAUUCGCCGGCCUCCUAUGCUUGGCCUCUUCCCUUCCUCCAGAGACGUUAAUGUCCCUUGUCGUGAUCAGGCUACCCAUUCUUAUGGAAAUAUUACAACUGGUCCUGUUGGUUCCAAUGGUGAAGCCAAAUGCAGUGUUUGUCUUAUUGAGUCUCAUGAGAAUCUUCUGCUAGUUUGUGAUCUUUGUAGCACUGUUUCACAUUCAUUCUGCACUGGCUUGGGUUUUACUGUUCCUGAAGGUGAUUGGUUUUGUCCUGAUUGUGCUACUGCCCGGGAGAGUGUGACCAGUACCAAUGAAGAAUCAGAGCAACAAAAUGUGUCGAGUGUGACCAUUUCUGAUAUUGUGAGAGGUCCAGGCAGGAGCAACCAGGUGGAUGGAAGAUCAGUGACAUCUUCUUCACAGCAAAACCAGUCAUCUGCUCCUGUUAUUUCUUUGCCUGAUAGGGUUAGUGGAUUCAAUGCCAACAUUCCUGUGUCUCGUGUUGAACUUGCUAAGCAUAGAGUGCAGGCAAUCCGUGCUAAUUGGAAUGCUUUGAGGACUGGUUCAUUGCGGUUCAGCAAUUCAGCUCAAUCUGGUGGCACAGCUAGUGAAAAACAAGAAUCUGGUUCCUUAUCAGGUGGGAAAUUAAAUGUUUCACCUUCGAUGGCUUCCGGUUCCGGUGGCCUACAACAAUCUGCAGUCCAAGGUGGUUCUUCUAGUAAUGGGUUGAAUGAUAGAGGCAUGAAUGAUGUUGAGAAGGCUUGGAAAAUGAUGGACAGGGCAAAGAUGAAAAAACAGACUCAUCAAAGAACUAGCAGCAUUCCACAGAGAGCGGGUAAUCCCUCAAGGAGUGGAGCUAGAGAAAUGUCAUUAUCUCAUUUUGAUUGCCCAGCAUCGGAAAAUCAACAGCUCAGAAAGUUAGACUCAAGGCACACUAGAAUGGACAAGAAGCGUGAGUAUUCGAGUCUCAACAAGAAUUUGGGAAAUCACAAGUAUCCCAUGUCGGGAGAGAAAAGGCAAAGUAGGGUCGAGACGAUGCAACAUGUGAAGGACCGUACUAAUUCAGAAGGAUACGGUGGGCGUCCAUUGCCCAAAAUGGUUUGUGCUGGUAUGCAGGGUGUUCCCUGUCAUGAUUAUGAAGAGAGGAAUGGUGCUAAUGAGCCAAGGCGGUUUGGUUGCUUGGUAACUUCAGAAGGUUCAGCUCCAUCUCAUUGCAAACCAGGCAGUGUGAUCUCUAAUAAAGAUGCGGAUAUUUUCCAUGAAGAGAAGAGGUUGACUAAAACCUUUGGAGAGGGCAACACAAGAAAUUUUGAAGAAGCAAAAGAUGAAAUCAAGUCUCUUGUUAAAACGAAUCUGAAGUUCUUAACUAAAGAUAAAAAACUAGGUGUUGAAACCUUUAAGAUAGUUGCAAGGCAGGCUACACAUAGCAUAUUGGCUGCUUGCAGUUCCAAGCAGCAGAACUCUAAUAUGUACUCCUCAAGCUCAAUGUGCAGCCAUCAUGACCAUAAUCAGCAGUUGAAAAAAUCUACUUUAAUGCCUAAUUGUUGUAGUCAAUGCUUUGAUGUCUUUGUGAACAAUACUGUCAAUUCCAUCUUGUUGGACAAAGUGGGUCGUGCUUGAUCUACUUUUGUCUUUAUAGAGCUUCUGUAUUUUGCUUUCAAUAACUAUUUUUAUCAGACACAAACUAUAGGCAAAUUUGGAUUGCCCCUAAACUGAGGGGCUGAGGGAACUAUA